AUGAAACUAAAAUGUAAAAGAGAAGCGGAACAUGGAAGUUGGAAGGACCAGGUGGGCCUCGGGAAGGCCCAAAAGCUGGAGACAGAAGAAAGAUUGUAUAUUGUAUUUGUAGAUACUCUCACUCUCACCAUUGAAGCGUUUUACUUUGACAGUACCCUAACACUGUCUCUGUGGGAGAUGGAGCCAAUUGGGUCAGAGAGUUUUGUGAAGGAAAGUGAAAAUCUAGAUGAAAAGGUCUUGGAAAUGAGUUUAGAAAAUGGAGGAGAAAUAGUUAAGGCAUCUAAUGAAUCUCUGGCAUCUGAAUGGGUAUGUGAAAGGCCCAAUGCUGGUGUCUCUUCUACAGCUUCAGGAUGGCCGUCCUUUGAUGACAUCAAAUCGUCUUCUCUGGCAUAUUCUCUAUCGGCAGAAGAACAGGCAACUGUGGCAGUUCUGCAAUUGCAGCACAAAGCAUUAGAAGCUUGCCAAAAGUUCUUUGUUGGUGAUGCUAGUUCUGAUGGUGACGAAGACGACGAAGACGAUGAGGAUGAAAGUGAGUUGGAAGAUAAUUAUGAUUCUAAAGAAUGUGAGGAGUAUAAGUUCUUUGAAAAAGUGUUUGCAGAAGAUGCUAACUUGAGGAGAUAUUAUGAGAACAAUCAUAGGGAAGGAGAUUUUUAUUGUUUGGUUUGUGGAGGUAUAGGGAAGAAGGUGUGGAAGAGGUUUAAGGAUUGUAUUGCACUAAUUCAUCACUCUACUGCAAUACUUAGGACAAAAAGGAGGCGAGCUCACAGGGCAUAUGCACAGGUCAUCUGCAAAGUUGUUGGUUGGGACAUUGAUCAAUUGCCAGCUAUUGUGUUAAAGGAUUUGGAUUCCCCCUUGGCUGGUUCAAGGAAGCUUUUGAGUUCUGUUAAGGAAGAUGAGAAUCUAGAUGGAAAGGUCUUGGAACUGAGCUCAGAAAAUGGAGGAGAAAUAGUUAAGGAAUCUCAUGAAUCUAUGGUUUCGGAUGCUGAAUGGGUAUGUGAAAACCCCAAGGCUGGUGUCUCUUCUACAGCUUCAGGAUGGCCUUCCUUUGAUGACAUCAAAUCAUCUUCUCUCAUUUAUUCUCUAUCAGCAGAAGAGAAAUUAACUGUGGCAGUGCUGCAAUUGCAACACAAAGCAUUGGAAGCUUGCCAGAAGUUCUUAGUUGGUGAUGCUGGUUCUGACAGUGACAAAGAUGACAAUGAUGAUGCUGGUUAUGAUGGUGAUGAAAAUGACAAUGAAGAUGAGUUGGUAGAUAACUAUGAUUCUAAAGAAUGUGAGGAGUAUAAGUUCUUUGAAAAAGUGUUUGCAGAAGAUGGUGACUUGAGGAGAUAUUACGAGGACAAUUAUAGGGAAGGAGAUUUUUAUUGUUUGGUUUGUGGAGGUAUAGGGAAGAAGGUGUGGAAGAGAUUUAAGGAUUGUGUUGCACUAAUUCAGCACUCUACUACCAUACUAAGGACAAAAAGGAAGCGAGCUCACAGGGCCUAUGCACAGGUCAUCUGCAAAGUUGUUGGUUGGGACAUUGAUCAAUUGCCAGCUAUUGUGUUAAAGGAUUUGGAUUCUUCCUUGGCAGGUUCAAGGAAGCUUUUGGUUGAACCCAAAAAUCCUACUAUGGGUUGUAUUGAAGAUUCAAAUGGUGAACCUGAUAAUUCUACUGAUGCUUAGGAUGUUCUUCAGGAAAGUGCAGGUAAAGUGAAUGGCACUUUGUAAUGUGGUUUGUUGAGAGGCCUAUAAUGUGAAGCCUUGUUCAUAAUGACUUGUGAAUUUCCCCUGCACUAGGGGAUAGUUUUGUAAAUCCUUCAACUGCAAAUAUCACUCAAAAUAUGAUGGCUAACUUGCAAGUAGUUGAUUCACUUUUGGGCGUGUUCCUUUAAAAAGUGAUUUGUAUACAAAAGUUUCGUUGAAUAUGGAGAAUUGCAAGAGUCUUGUGUCGAAACUAAUUAGUUGAGAAUUAUGAAAAUCAGUUAUAAAUUACGAGCA